ACACCGGAAGAGCUUGAAGGCUUCCAAGAAGGCCGCUGUUGUACUGCGAAGAAGUUCAAACUAGACUUGAAGGGCACGGCGGCCAACAAAUGGAACAAGUCCGCAACGGAGGUGUUUACUGACAAUUUCCUAGAAUGCAAGCAAUACCAGUGUAAGAAGAGGUCAGAGAUAUCGGCGGCGUUUAGGUCCCACUUGCGGGGGCUAAUCAAGAAGUACGAGGAGCAACUGUUGAAACCGACCCCGGAAGCCGUCCUUGCGAAGAAAUGGCAGCACAGUCGCCUGCAGCGGAAGCAGAACAAAUUUCAACGGCGACUCGCCUCUUGUCUAAUGUACGACCAGCUGCUCCCUCAUCAAGAAUUCUUGAGAAUUCUUGGUCCCAACGGCAUGAGCUCGGACGAGCCUGACAGUACCCCAGGACAGUUCCGUGUGCUGCUUAAGCCGUGGAGACAAUCGCAAAUCUCUCGGUUUAUGGGUGUCUUCGAUGCUGCAUACGAAAGAUACAGGGCUCCACCAGGCCUGCCGGUGACGCGCGGUGCCUUGCCCGGUCGCCGCGUAGCCUCUGAUCCAGUCGCAAUCGACGACAACCAACCGGCCGUCAAGGGACUACCGAUCAACGCCUAUGACCCGCAUUGGUAUGGUCGGCUUUCAAGCAUCCAGAAACAAGAAUUGCGCGUCGUCUCUAAGCCUUACGACUUCAGC